AUGUUUUUACCGGCCUCCGAAAACCAAUUCAAAUAUUCUAUCAUCCGGUGGAAACCUCUUUGCUUAGAUUGUUUGCUACCAUGUUGUGCUGGAUUGUUUGUGACUCAGGGAAAAGAAGGGAAAGAAAACGAAACUCCCGGCCCGGCUUCACCCGGUGCUGGCGGAAGCAUCUAUCGUCCGUUUGACCUGACCUGCAAGUACUACGGGCUAAAAAUAUUGGCCUAA